GCAGUGGCACCUUGGUGUUGGUGGUAUUUGUAUUUCAGUUCUGAUUUCAUCAACCAGCUGAGGUUUUCGGUAAGGGCAGGUCCCAUCUAUCUUUCUUGGAAUUUGUCGCUGGAGUGCUUUGAUCUCGCCGCCCAGUCUCGCAUACAAAUUGGGGAUUUGGCAGCGGAGGCUUUCGAUUGAGAUUGCAGAACCGGUCGGACGAUUAAGAUGGCCUCUUUUUCUUUGCCUUGUCUCAAAACCACUCCCCGCUGCACGCUUUCGCAGCACCACCACCACCACCACACUGCGCUUCCCUUCCAGUCCGCAUUGCUCGCUCGCUCGUCUCUUAGAUUUCAGGGGUCUAGGCAUGGCCAAUCUGAUGCUAUCAAGGUGUUUCCCCAGCUUAACGAGGUUGUUGUCAUGGAAUCUUCAAAUAAUGCACCUGUUGUUGAAACGAAGUCAGAGGAUCCAGUAAAAGAAUCUGCUGUUCAAAAUACUACUCCAGAUGCAUCAUCCGUUUCAGCAUUUAUGACCCAUGUGGCAGACAUUGUUAAGCUUGUAGAUUCAAGAGACAUCUCAGAGUUACAACUAAAGCAGCUGGGCUGUGAACUCAUUAUAAGGAAAAAAGAAGCUUUGCAGCAACUCGCCAAUACUGCUCCUACAGUUAUGAUGCAACCCCUUUCUCCCCAAGUCAUUGUGCCAUCUCAACUGCCUCCAGCACAGGUUGCUGCUCCUGCUCCUGCUAGUCAUGUUCCCUCAUCUACGGUUUCACCUGCAGCACCAUCUAGCCCUGCAAAGCCAAAAUCAUCCCACCCUCCUCUGAAAUGCCCAAUGGCUGGAACAUUUUAUCGUUCUCCAGCACCAGGAACUCCUCCUUUUGUAAAGGUAGGAGACAAGGUUCAAAAAGGACAGGUAGUGUGCAUCAUUGAGGCCAUGAAACUGAUGAAUGAUAUUGAAGCUGAUCAAUCUGGAACUGUGACUGAGAUACUCGUUGAUGAUGGGAAAUCAGUUAGCGUUGACAUGCCCCUGUUUGUCGUUGAGCCUUGAAGAAUUACUGAAUGCCUGCUCUUACAGAACACAUUUUGUUGUUCACACUGGGCUAAAUUAAACAUAGGAUGAGUUUGAGAUUAGUUCACAUAUGUUGUGCCUUUUAUGAGCUUACUUCAUUUGUGUUUUACACUUCCAAAUAUGCUUCUUAGAUAUCUUGUUACUUGGACUCUUAUAAAUUUUGAAACGAUAGAAUUAUUAUUUAUAUUGACAUAAAUGCUUGCCCACUUUCAGCUA